AUGACAGGCCACCGUGUGUUCGUUGUUCACGAAGAGGUGUGCAAUGCGUUCUCAAUAAGAGCCUUCAAACUCUACUCGAUGGAAGCAAGAGAAAACUCAUGUACGGAAUACAGGCAAACGGAGCUGUUGCAAAUCGACAUUUACAAUCUCCACGAAACACUUGAAAUUGUGUGUCGCAGACUUGGUGUUUCGGUUCCCCGAGCACUCUCCACCAGAGCCCCCGUAAAAGUCUCCCAGGACAAUGGAGCUAUCAGCAGCGAUAACGACCAAGAGUGUGAAAUAUCCCCUCCAACAUCGCCCUCGGCCGUGCAAGCUCCGAUUGACACCUUCCUCGAAGUUACUAAGCUUGGAAGCCCAACAUCAGCCGAUACUCCACACAGUCUGCGCCAGAAUCGUCCGAAUCAAAAUUUUGAUCUGAUUGGCAAAGGUGUCACUUCACUGGCAGUGGCAGAGAAUCUCGCCCAAAGCUACUUUUCUCGCCUCGACCAUUACCUUUAUGGUAUUGGAAGUAGCCUGGGGGACUUACAGUCUUUGAGACAUACAUCACCUAUAUUGAUAGCCGCUAUCUGCACAGUCUCUGCCCUCCACGAUCCCAAGGACCAGUCGCUCUACGAGGCUUGUAACCGAGAAUUUCGUCGUCGCGUAUCAAGAUCGGUUUUCGAAAAGCGAGGGAUAGAUCAUCUACAAGCUUUAUGCAUUGGCUCUUUCUGGUUGACAGACGCAUCAAGAAUCCUUUGUAGUGAUGCUCUGCGCAGAGCAGCAGACACAAGGCUGCACAAGCACUUCCAGCAGCUUCUUCAACCUCAAGCUUUUCAACCGGGUUCGGGUAUGAACCUAACUCCAGCUGAUCAUACCAAUCGCAUCCGACUUUGGUACUUGCUCUUUAUUUGCGACCAGCACCUCUCCAUUCUUCAUAACCGUGAUCCACUCCUACGGACAGACAAAGAAAUCACUGCUAACUGGGAACUCUUCUUGGAACGAGAAGGGGCGACCGAUUCAGACAUUCGAUUAAUGUCACAAGUUGCCUUACUUUUGAUCAUGGGUCAAGUACGGGACACGUUUGGGUCGGAACUUGAUGACAAACUCUCGAAAGGUCUCGCAGUCCACCUGGUGAGUUACUCAAAGCAGUUGGAUAUGUGGUACAACAGAUUUUCGAAGCUCUUCAAACCAAAUCCUCACAUUGGCAAUUUUCCCAUGAGAGGUCUGCAGAUGCAUUAUCAAUUUGGGAAGCUAUACUUGGGACACCAUGUCUUUAAGGGUCUCAAAGGAGAACCCGUUCCACCAUACUUUUUGUCCUUGGCAAACACCACCCGCGACGCGGCUGUCGAGAUCUUUGACAUGAUCAUCAGGGAUACUGAACUACAACAAAGCCUUGUCGGCAUGCCACACUAUUUUCACAUCAUGAUAGCCUUCGCAGGGCACUUCCUUCUCGAAAUCUGCAGCAAAUAUCACAGCCAAUUGUGCAUCGAUCUUGACCAUAACUUCGAUUUGAUCAGCAGAGUCCUGAACUUGUUUCAGAGUCUACCAUGUAUUCCACAACAUCCAAUUUCGCGCAUGACUGCCGGUUUGGCCCGCAAGCUGAUGACGAGCGCAGCAACCGUCAAUAUCAAUGGAGGCAUCGAUUAUCAAUCCACUGGUAUCCAAGAAAUGGCGAUGGGCCAUCCUAAUGGGCCCGAUUCGUACUUGGCAUCUCAGGUACUAGACAAUGGACAGCAGCGCAAUAAUAACCAAUUUGUUCCCGGUUUCAUGCAUCCAGCAACAAACCAACAUGGCCUCAUGUUCUCGGAUUUUGAACAGUUCAGUUUUCCGGAGAUGACCAUGAACUUCAUGUCUUGA